UAAGGAUGUACAUUCUUGUUGGGAUUUGGCUCUUGGUUACAUCAACUCCAUUGGUUUCUAGUAGUCUUGACUAUGUUUCACCUAUUAAAGCCUUCGCUAAGCUUCUGAAUUUUCCUCUGAAAAUUUCUGUGUUGGUUUGCUGGAAUUAUGAUGCAAGAUAUAAGUUUGUUGCACAAUUUCAACAAGGUUCAGAAAGCUAUCUACUUUCAAUAAAGUCGGAUUCUAUCGAAAAUAUCCCUGUGGUGAAAGAUGAGGAGAGACAUCUAAUAAUAGUAGAUUUGAAUUGCUCCGGCACAGCUCUAUUAUUGGAGCAGGUUGAUCCCAGAUUAUAUAAUCGAUUCAAAUGGACAGUUUUAAGCCACAUAGGAGGAUCAGCUGCAGAGUAUUUGACACAGCUGCCUCUACUGAUAAAUAGUGAAGUCUAUAGUAUGACAGAACAUAAUGGCGUAUUUUAUAUAAAAGAAGUUUACAGGAAAGGUCCUAAUUCUGAUAUAAUUUUUGAGCCGGUUGCCUCAUUUAGUAACGGUUCUAUAGUAGACGAAAGGAUUUCCGAUUCUAUUGUACAUCGGAGAAAAAACCUUGAGCGUGAAGUUCUCCGUGCCUCCAUGGUUGUAACGAACAAAGAUACACUGAACCAUUUACACGACUACAGGGAUAAGCAUGUGGAUACCAUAACUAAAGUAAACUAUUUACUCACGAAUUACCUUAUGGAAUACCUCAACGCCUCUGUCAAUUAUAAAAUCGUAAGUCAAUGGGGUUACAAGGACAACAAGACUGGAAAGUGGAGUGGAAUGAUAGGUGACCUGGUGGAGAAUCGAUCGGAUAUUGGAGCUACUGGUUUGUUUGUUACUUCAGAUCGAAUUCAAUAUAUUGAGUACAUAGCAAUGCCAUCAGCAACGCGCUCGAAAUUUGUAUUUCAUUCUCCGAAAUUAUCAUACACUAACGAUGUAUUCCUUCUGCCGUUCAAUAAGUUUGUCUGGUACUGUUUAGUUGCGCUGUUUUUACUUUCUGUUCUAGCUUUGGUCGGUACGGUAUUCGCUGAAACACAGCUUUUGGAUAUCCAAGAUUUCAAUUCAGAUGCUUCAGUCCUGAAGCCGUCUUUCUAUGACACUUUCAUCUUGGUUUUAGCGGCAACAUGUCAACAAGGCUCAGCGGUAGCACCGAAAAGUUUUACAGCUCGAGUUGUAAUGAUAGUAACUUAUAUAACUUUGAUGUUUCUCUAUACAAGCUAUUCAGCGAACAUAACGGCAUUACUUCAAUCUCCAUCGACCAAAAUCCAAACUUUAGAGGACUUACUGAACUCCAGAUUAAAAUUUGGUGCUGAUGACACUGUUUUCAAUCGAUACUAUUUUACGCACGCUACAGAACCAGUUCGCCAUAAGAUCUAUGAACAAAAAAUCCUGCAAAAGGACGGUUCCGAGAAUUUUCUACCACUUGACGAAGGUGUUAACAGGAUUCGCCAUGGUUUAUUUGCUUUCCAUAUGGAGCUCGGUGUUGGCUACAAAAUAAUGGGAGAAACUUAUCUGGAACACGAGAAAUGCGGAUUACAGGAAAUUCAGUAUCUUCAAGUGAUUGAUCCUUGGUAUGCAAUCCAGAAGAACUCAUCGUAUAAGGAAUUCCUAAAGACGGGGAUGAUGCUUCUCCGUGAAUAUGGACUUCAGGAUCGCGAGAAUAGUCGGCUUUAUACGAAGAAACCACGGUGUACUGGUGGUGGGGGUAAAUUCGUAACCGCAAGCCUGGUGGACAUCCGAUCGGCUUUGAUAAUUCUUGCCUAUGGUUAUUUGGUGUCUAUAGUUUUGUUGUCGGUGGAGAGAUUUGUUUCCAUUUAUAUAAGGAAGAAUCCGGAGAAGAAAAAGUUGGGGAAUUAAUGAAUUUACAACCUGCUGAAGUUUGAGAUUGA